AUGCAACUUCGGAAAGAUCACGUAGAGAACAGCAUCCCGGUGCUUCGUCAACUCAUCAAGGACUACCCACUUGGUGUCCUGACCACAGCCAUCCCGUCUGCCGAUCACCCAUUAAUCCAGUCCAGCCACAUCCCCUGGGUAUUGGACGUCCAAGAUGACUCCAGUGAAACCGAGCUCGGCGUCCUGAGAGGCCACGUCGCGCGCGCGAAUCCCCAGUGCAAGGCGAUGCUCGAUUCGCUAUCAGCAGAAAACCGAACCGGGACCGGAAACGUUCUCGAUCAGGAAGUGCUGGUCCUCUUCACCGCGCCCGCCCACUCCUACGUCACGCCAAAGUUCUACGUUGAGACUAAGCCAACAACGUCCAAGGUCGUGCCGACCUGGAAUUACGCCGCGGUCCAGGCGUACGGCCGCGCCAAGAUCUUUUAUGAGUCCAAGACUGAGGAGACGUCGGAGUUCCUGAACAAGCAGCUUCACGAUCUCUCACAGCUUGGAGAGCAGUCGAUGAUGGGAUACACUGGUCAAGGCGGCCGUCCCGAGCCAUGGACAGUCUCGGAAGCCCCGCAACGAUACGUCGAUCUGUCCAAAAUGGCCAUCAUCGGCAUCGAGAUCACCAUCGACAGGCUGCAGGGCAAAUUCAAGAUGAGCCAGGAGAUGAGCGAGGGUGAUCGCCAAGGGGUUAUCGCUGGAUUCAAAGCGUUGGACUCCCACUUGGGCAACACCAUUUCUGAGAUGGUAAAGGAGCGCGGCGAGUUGAAGCAGAAGUCUAAACAAUAA